AUGGAACAACAACAGCAGUCUUUUAACGACACGCCUGAGCUGUACUCGGCACAAUGGGUCAACAACGACCAAAGGCAGCAGAGGAGCCUCGCACCCGCGUCAAGGAUAACGCCCGAAGAAAUGAUGCUGCAUGCUGCUGCAACCCAGAUGCAGAACGCCCGCGAAUAUUCGAUGCCUCCUGGGAUGGGUGCCUCAAUGAGCCAGUCGAGCGCCCACAUGAGCCAUUCCAUGCAGUUCCAACAACACCCUAUGCCGAGGCAUCCUUUGCCGUCCGAGAGCUUCGCCAACACUAGCUUCACUGAUGACAGCCAGAUGAUAGAUCGCGACGAAGACGGCGAUUCCUUGGCGGGGGUGAUGGGCAUGCAAAAAUCAGGCUCGGCCAGGUCUAGUGCCAACAAUGAGCUGGAGAUGCGUCAUCUCUUCAACGCAAAUAAGCACCGCGGCUUGCAGGAUGUCGCUGGCGAGUUGCACGGCAACGAACGAGGACCCAACUCGGAACGUACGCGACAAGUCUUCGCCAUGCUCUGGAUCAACUCAGUGUGCACCAAGGGCAAGGGAUCUGUCCCGCGAGGCCGUGUAUAUGCCAACUACGCGUCCCGGUGUGCCACCGAGAGGAUUACCGUUCUGAACCCGGCCAGCUUCGGUAAACUUGUCCGAGUACUUUUCCCGGGGCUUAAGACUAGGCGACUUGGCGUUAGAGGAGAGUCCAAGUACCACUAUGUCAACUUUUGCCUCGUUGACGACCAACCCGACCUCCGCGAGCCCGAAGCUCAUAUCCCCGUGGCCAUAUCCGAACCUGCCCGCCCCCAAAGCGCCAGUGCGGCCGUCCCCGCCACAGCCCAGCCUGUGAAGGCUGUACAACCGUCUCCUGCUGUCAUCAAACGGUCGGCGAGCCCAGCUCAAGCUUCGCAUGGCCACUCAAGGUCGCAUAGCUUCUACAGUCAACCGAAUGUGACCAGUGCGGAUCAUCUAAACUCAUCUACCUCGAAGACGUCGCUUCAGUUCUCAUUCCCCUCGGAAUCAGAUGAGGCUCUCCUCCAAUCUAACGAACCUCUCGUGCUGCCUCGAAUGGAGCCUUUCUUGCCCAGCGGGACUGACUCGGAUGCCGCCAAGAGCCUGUCUGCGCUGUAUAGGUCACAUUGCACUUCUCUCGUUGAAUGCGUCCGCUACUGCAAGGAGAAAACUUUCUUCCACCUCUACACGUCCUUCCAAGGCACAUUGACUAUGCCGGUCCAGAAGCUACUUGGCCACCCCAGUCUUGCCCCCUGGAUCGAGGAGUGCGACUUUAUCCUCUACCAACGUAUGCUUAGGAUCAUUUCUGGACUCACACUCCAGGUCGUGCCCAAGCCGGUACUGGAUACGCUACGCAACAUCUCGGAGCGACUCGUGCCCCACAUUCAAGAGGCUUUCCAGGGGCAGCCGCACCACGUUGUUCGGGCCAAGGAGGCGCCGGCAACCAUGUUCGCGGCUUUGCUGGAUCGAGCUCUUAGAGUGAACCUUACAGCCCACGCGGCGGCCAACAUGCUGUCGAACCCGGCCAACCGCGACCAGAUGUACCUCGACUGGAUUACCAUGGUGCGCGUGCGCAAGGUAGCCGAGUGCGUGCCUACUCGAGGCAUGGACGACCUCGUUAACUUGCUUGUCUCUGAACUCCGAGAUCUACUCAGCCCCAUGAACGUACCUUGGGAAGUGGAGUGCUUGACUGUUUACGGCGACAUUGUCCUGAGAAACGGCCGCCAAGUGGGCGUUGAGAGCGCGGGAGAACACAACGGACAGAAUGUACUGGAACGCUGGGUUGGCUUCCUCAAGUCUUUACCGACCCGUUUCCCUUAUGCGUCCCACACGGAGAUUGUAUACUCCGUUCAAAGAGUCGGCACGGCGGUGAUGCGGGACCUGACCAUGGCCCAGGGCAAGAGUUUCGGCUCCUGGUGGGUCACGAAAUGCUGGAUCGACGAGAUGACCAGCUUCCUCGCCGAGCAGGGGGGGUUUCUUCAAAUGAAGACCUCAGGCGCAUCUGCAGCUAUCGCCAACGCUCAGCCGACCACUCAGGAGGCGAGCCGACAAGGGUCUCGGUAUAGCACCGGCAGCGAGGAGUUCAACUUCUCCAGCCUCCCCCAAGCACAGCCUGACAAGGCGCCGUUCCCACCAUCUACGAGCCAAAGCCAGGUCGAUUCUGCGGGGAUGACGGCAGGAAGCAACCCGGACGACAGCGGGAUCGGUAUCCGAACGCCAGAGGAGGACUUCCCAAUGGACAAAUACACCUUCUCGCACUCGGAGGUCAACCAAGCGCUGCUCGCCAACGCCGAAUUGCAACAAUGA